UGGAAGUGUAUUACUAACGAAUAUUUAAAGAUGUUUAAUAUUUUUAUAGGUAGAUGCGUCAGUACUGUUAUCUUUAUAUGGGCUACUCGUAUUAACAGAGUUACUAACAAUGAUACGGGUGGUUGUACCUACAAUACAUUUAAAGAUGGAGAUAAAUGCAAAGACUGUCCUGCUGGAUACUUCGGACACAACUGCUCUGAUAUGUGUACACAGCCUUCAUACGGAUUUCUAUGUAGUCAAGUGUGUAACUGUUCAGCGUGUCAUCAUAUAUUCGGUUGCCAAAAAACCACUGAAAUCCCAGAGAUUGGAACAGCUACAGUAAAACAUAAGCGGUCGAAUGAAUUACAAAGUGCAAAGAACACUACUCACCAAAAGUUACAAGAUAUUUCCAAGAAAGGGGGCAUAAGUGUUUCACAAACAUCUCAUGAUAUAGUUGAAAACACGACGUAUACAUCCAAAGAAAAAAUAGAAGUCACCACACAAAUUGCCAUAACGCCUGAAAAGAUUAUUAUUAUUUUGAUUGGAUCAUUUAUAUGCCUUGUACUGAUGUUUGAGAUACGUCGAGAAACAUACUUAUAUAUGGAGGUGAUUUCGGAGACCAGCUUUGCUUGAUGAGGUUUAUACAGAUAUUGAUGAU